UCCUGUGUCUCACACCAGUGUUAAGACUUGGUCACUGUUGUGUCUGUCUCAACCUCCCGUGGGCGGUUCUACAACGUCUACCUGCUGUGGGCGUGGUUAAAGCCACCAUCUGUGGACGUGUGUUUGGAGUGGGUUGAGCUGCAUUCUGCGGGCGUGGUUUAGAGCUGGUUUAGUUGGUGUGUGUGGCAGUGGUGGAGCUCAAGAUGAACCUGCUGUGUGUGUCCCUGCUGGUGCUGGUGGCAGUGAUAACUGGUACCCUUGGCUGCCCUAGCGACUUCCUGGGGAUAAGCAGUUCGUGUGUGAAGGUGGUGAUAGCUGCCGGUAUUGGUGAGAGACCAGUGUCAUGGAAGGUGGCCAGGGAAGGAUGCAAGGCACUCGGGGCAGAUCUGGCAGUCAUGAACGUAUCCAGCAAAGUUGAGCAUAUCUCUGCACACAUUGACAAGGUGUUUCCUAGUGGGUGCCCAACACACCCAAGAAGGAUGACAGAAUCUCCUUCGCUCUGCUAGUUCCGGCUGACUCGCUACACGGUCGACGGUACCUCAAUGAGAAUGGUGAGGGAGGCUGGGCGCCUGGCUACAUCUGUGAGAUCUGAGAGAGAGAGUGAGAGAGAGAGAGAGAGAGAGAGAGAGAGAGAGAGAGAGAGAGAGAGAGAGAGAGAGAGAGAGAGAGAGAGAGAGAGAGAGAGAGAGAGAGAGAGAAUAAAGCCAGCUGACUGAUUGAUCUUCUGAGAGAGAGAGAGAGAGAGAGAGAGAGAGAGAGAGAGAGAGAGAGAGAAUAAAGUCAGCUGACUGAUUGAUCUUCUGAGAGAGAGAGAGAGAGAGAGAGAGAGAGAGAGAGAGAGAGAGAGAGAGAGAGAGAGAGAGAGAGAGAGAAUAAAGUCAGCUGACUAAUUGAACUCGCUGGCACAGAUGGCUCCAACUUAAUCCUGUUCCCUACUUAUUUGUCUCAUAACAAUAAAAAGGCUUUUGAUGAACUGAUGUAGGUAAGAGCUCUUAGCUGGUAAAUAAAGUUAGGAACCUUAACGUAACUUUGUAAACCCGUGUGUAAAGACACAGAGAAUAAUUAUUAAAAUUCUCUUGAUAAUCGGCAAUAAAAUUUUUUAAUAAAAUUGUAUAUCUUCAAUAAUAAUGUUUUGAACAAUAUAAAUUUUGAUGACAA